AUGGCCCGGAACACAAACAAACUAAUUCCCCAAAUCCAUCAACUACAACCACGCCAGAAGAAACUACCGAAGAUCCUACAACAACCACAACAGAAGCCACGACCCAAGAUCCAACUACACCAGAAGAAACGACCGAAGAUCCUACUACAACCACGCCAGAAGAAACGACCGAAGAUCCUACAACAACCACAACAGAAGCCACGACCCAAGAUCCAACCACACCGGCAGAAACGACCGAAGAUCCUACUACAACCACGCCAGAAGCAACGACCCAAGUUCCAACCACACCGGAAGAAACUACCGAAGAUCCUACUACCAGCACACCGGAAGCCACGACCCAAGAUCCAACUACAACCACACCAGAGGCAACAACAACUACACCAGAAACAAGCACUACACCAGCACAUGGCACUUGUCAGGUCGAGGCAGACUGUGAUAUAUUUCAAGGAACAACGUGUUUUGGCGGUCUGUGCACAUGCAGCAUCGGAUACGAUCUCGACUUUGCAGAAAAUGCCUGUGUAGAUC